UAUUCUUCGCGUAGAAUGUUUUACUCAAGAAUAAUAUACAGCUUUCUAAGGAAGUGGUCGUAUAUUUUGUAGACAUUGCUGCUUCCUCUGCUAAUCAAAAUUGAUCGAAAUCGGUCAGAAUACAAGAGACGAAUAGAAGAUGGCUGCUAGCUUUAGAAACAUUAUUGUUGUUGGGGGAUCUUAUGUCGGCGUGGCCACCACACAAGGUCUUGCCAAUCUCUUACCAUCAACCCAUCGUGUUCUCUUAAUUGAGCCGCAUAGUCAUUUCCAUCAUCUAUUCGCUUUUCCACGAUUCGCCAUCGUCCCUGCAUACGAACACAAGGCCUUUAUUCCUUACUCCGGUACCUUUGCCGAGGCGCCCAACCCAUACCGACAUCAUGUUGUCCAGGCACGAGUCUCUCAGUUACACAAAGACCGCGUCGUCCUCGACCGGGAUUGGCAGGGUCUGCGCGAGAUCCCCUACGACUAUCUAGUCAUGGCCACUGGCACAAGGUUGCGGGCACCUGGUACCAUGCAAAACGAUGAGAAGCCUCUGUCGGUGAAAUACCUACAGGGCUACCAGCAGCGCAUCAAGGAUGCGAAGUCGGUCGCUAUCGUUGGUGGCGGCGCCGUCGGAGUACAGAUGGCGACGGACCUCAAGGAAAUAUAUCCGGAGAAGGAGAUCAUGCUAGUACAUUCACGAGAGCAGCUAAUGCCAGUAUAUCACAGCAAGCUGAGCGAUAUAAUCAAAGCACGAUGUCACGAACUAGGCGUCAAACUUAUCCUCGGGUCUCGCGUGAAUAUCCCAGCAGAUGACUUCCAACAGACCGCAUCCCCAGGCAAGCCCAUAACAAUAUCUCUCGAGAACGGCACCACGCUCUCCGCAGACGUCGUCAUCCCCGCGACAGGACAAACGCCCAACACGCAAUUCCUCCACACGCUCCCACCCUCAUCGCCAAACUCGCUCAUCAACCCGGCCAACGGCUUCGUCCGCGUCCGUCCGACACUGCAGCUCCAGGACCCGGGGUACCCGCACGUAUUCGCGGUCGGCGACGUCGCCGACAGCGGCGCGCACAAAGCGGCUCGGCCGGGCGCGGCACAAGCACAAGUCGUAGCCAAGAACAUCCUCGCCCUAGUCGAGGGGCGCGAGGCCGUUGACACGAUAGAAGUGAGCCCCGCGGCGAUCCAUUUGACGCUCGGUCUGACGAAGAACCUGAUCUUCCGCAAUCCGGAUCCAUCGAAGGGGGAGACUGAGCCUACGAUAGUGCCUAGAGAGGACGGGAAGCGCGAUAUGGGGAUACACGGAGUCUGGACUCGACGCGGAGUCAAAGUCCAGGGGGAGGCCGACUAUCAUCUAUAGGCAAGUACCUAAUUAGUUCAGCCCGACCGAAUACGUCAAAAGUUGAGAAUUUCAAGUUCUUCUAUUUAAACAGAUAGAACGUCACAGAAUCGCGCGUACACCGCCUUUGAAAUUACGGGGACACCGUCGUGACUUUCACGACGUGGAUAAGGAUACUCGAGCGAGGUUUGAGGUUAACCGAGUUGUGUACCAGGGGUGGGUAGACAUGCGUGUUUUUGGCAUUGAAAAUGUUGAAUGGAAAGAGGAAAUGGCGAUGGCGAAUUAGACUAGAUAUGGCAGAAAGGUAAUCAACGGAAUGAUUCCACAGUGAGAAAUACCUAGCGAAAUGGAGGAAAGAUGAGAAUUCACCAAUCUCUUCGCUUCUAAGAUCAGCCAUUCAAUAAUUGCGCCUCGAUUCUUCGGAUCAUUCGCGAGGGACAAGACUUCUACUGAUUGACUAACGUGUUUCGAACAAGUUAAGAAAGAAAGUCUGAUACCGGGCGUCACAAUAUAGGUCAUAAAGACGAUC